AGGCAUAGGGCUUGAGCCCUAAGCGGCCUUUUAGCUUCGUAGCGGCCGCCUGGUAGACUCUAUCAGAAUUUCGUCGUCGCCAGAUUCUCAUUUCAUCUUUGGACGGUUUCUGACACAAAACCCAACCCCAACCUUUUGUUCUCUUUCUACACCUUCAAAGAUAGCAAUCCACAUCGCACUCGAUCUUCGUCGACCAGUCGCAUGAUCGUACCCUCAGCACCCUCUCAACAUCAGGAGCCACGUUACACCAUGGAUAAACAACAACUCGGCGCCAGCGUACCUGGCGGUCUCGCAAAGACAUUUGAGGAGGAGAAGCGCGAGCUGGACAUCCACGCAUCUCGACUUCUAGCCACGAUCACUCAACAAGUCCAAUCUGGCCAUGACGUUACGGUCCUCUCGGAGAUUCUCGCUCAAGUCUCCAGAGAGAUUGCGUACAUAGUUGAGAAGUUGGAGAAGUGCGAGGUCCUUCCAUCUGACGUUUACGUGCCCUAUGUCGAAAAUGAGACCGUCGCUGCUCAUAAGCCUAUCAUUACCAUUGCACAACCUGCGCAAGGCUCUCAAGGCACUGGGAUCAUUAUCGCUCAUAAGUCUGACAAUGCCAACCCACAAUCCACGCAAAGCUGUCAAGGCUCAGAGACUAUCUUGAUCUCAAUACAACAUGCCCCACAUCGAGCUCAUCCCUGGACUGUAGAAGUUGUUGCCACAGAGAACUCGGAUCCGAUUCGCGAUGUACCAGAUACCUCAAACAACGCACUAGCGCAGAAUGAUACACCAUUUUGCAGCUCUGAGUCGACUUCCUGCUCUAGUUCCGACUCCAACCUUCCAAGCUCUGAAUCAAUUCGCAGCUCUGGUCUAGACUCCAACCCUCCAAGCUCCGAGUCAGUCAUCUGCUCUAAUCCAGAUCCCGGUCUUGCUUCUCCCUCUUCCUACCAGACUUCUUCUCCAUCGGCCCCAGUCACUACACACCCAACACGCGGUUCUGGCUCUCUGCCACCGACUGUCCCUCCAGAUCCGUCUGUACAAAGCCUUUCUGAGGCCCGCAGAAAUAUCUCUUUGCUCAUACGCGAGACUGAGCACAAGAAAGAGAAGCAGAAGCGCUGCUCAUCAUCUAUGAGAAUAUGAUUCCCGAUCAGCUGACGGAUUUUUGCAAAAUCCUUUGAGGGGCUGAUGGACAAAUAAUGUACAGCUUGGAGGAGCUUCCGAUGCUUAAGACCGUAGCAGAGCUAUUUGAAAGCGCGACAACUUUAUUCG